AUGACCGCUAGACCCCUGUGGAGGGCCCUGUGCCUGCUGGCCCUACUCUGCACAUGGUCACACACAAGUUCUGCUGACACCCAGCCAGACCCCUCAGCUGCAGAGCAGGAAGUCACCUUGAGCCACAUCUAUAAAAUUGACAUCCCGGGGAGCACCAGCUGCAACCUACAACACAUAUCAACACAGGAUGAAACAGGUCUGCAGAUGGAGACCACAAAAACUGGAAACAAUGACAUUAUCUUCAGACACAACAUCAAGCUGCAGCCACCUAGAUGUGACUGCGAGGAGUUGGAAAGCUUUAAGUCUUUGCUUUACAGAGUCAAUGGACUCGAAGAAGAAGUCAACUACCUUAAGACCCAGUGUGCACAGGGAUGCUGUGGUGCUGCAGGCGUGGACAAAAGCUGUAGUGGCCAUGGUACCUACCAACACGACACCUGCAGCUGCCUCUGUAACGUAGGAUGGGAAGGCCCCGACUGUUCUGAAUCCUCCUGCCCAGAUGAGUGCAACGACAAUGGCCGAUGCGUAGAUGGCCAGUGCGUCUGCCAUGAGGGCUACACCGGAGAAGACUGCGGCCAGCUGACGUGUCCAAACAACUGCAAUGACAAGGGCCAGUGUGUAGACGGGAAAUGUGUGUGCUUCUCACACUUCACUGGUGAGGAUUGCAGCAUCCAGAAGUGUCCCAAUGACUGCACGGAUAAUGGCCAGUGUGUGAACGGCAAGUGCAUCUGUGAUGAUGGCUUUUACGGGGAGGACUGUUCGUUAGUCUUGGCACCUCAGGGUCUGCAGGUGGUCCAAGUGACUGACAUCUCUCUCCUGGUUGAGUGGGAGUCCGUUCAAGGGGCCGAGUAUUAUGUGUUGACAUAUUAUCCGAAAAAUGACGAGGGUGCGCAGGAGCAGAUUUCGGUCGCCAACACAGAGAGCUCCUACCUCAUCACAGGACUGACUCCUGGGGUUACCUACAUUGUCCAAGUACAUGCGGUCAUUAAGGAGAUCCAAAGUGAAGCUGACGAGAUUGAAGCCACCACAGAUGUCUCAACUAUUGAUGGUAUCCGAGUUCUUGGCCAGACAGAGGUCUCUAUUGAGGUGGACUGGCAGAACCCUCAAGCUGAGAUGGAUUACUUCAGGCUUACACACACUGACCCAGAAGGGCAAGAGGAGGAGCUGAAGGUACAGAGGAGCCAAGAGGCGCGCACCAAACACACUAUUGUGGGUUUAUAUCCAGGAACAGAGUAUGUCAUCUCAGUGCAGGCCAUUAAGGGAAACAAUGGGGGCAAAGCUUCUUCUGUCACCGGUGCCACAGAUAUUGAUGCUCCAACAAAUCUCGUCACUACCGAAGUAACAGAGGACACUGCAAUAGUCUCCUGGGAUCAAGCCCAGGCUGAAAUAGAGGGAUACAUGCUGAGUUACACUUCUGCUGAGGGAUCCAGUUCAGACAUCUCUGUAGCACGUGAUAGUACCUCAUACAGGCUGAUAGGCUUGAGGCCUGGAGUUCUCCAUACUGUCUAUAUCUGGGCCUAUAAGGGAGACAAAGUCAGCGGAAAGAGUUCAACAGAAGCUGAAACAGACCUGGAUGCUCCUACUAACGUCUUCGCCCAAGAUGAGACAGAGUUCAGCUUCAGGGUGCACUGGGAUCCCCCUCAGGCAGAAAUUGAUGGCUACAUGCUAACAUAUAGCUCUUCUGAGGGCUCAAGUGAAGAAAUUGUAAUUGGGUCUGACAGUACUUCAUACACGCUGACUGGCCUGAGGCCUGGGGUCCUCUACACUGUCUACAUCUGGGCUGUCAAGGGGAGUAAAGCCAGCAGGAAGAUCUCGACACAAGCUGAGACAGAACUGGACGCGCCUGCUAACCUCUUAGCAGAAGAUGAAACAGAAUCCAGUUUCAGUGUUUCAUGGGAUCCCGUCCAGGCAGAAAUUGAUGGCUACAUGCUAACCUACACGUCCUCUGAAGACGGCUCUAGUGGGGAAAUCCCAGUGGGGGCAGAUGAGUCUGAUUAUUUGUUGACUGGUUUGAGGCCUGGGCUCCUCUACACUGUUUACAUCUGGGCUGUCAAGGGAGACAAAGCCAGCAGGAAGAUCUCAACACAAGCUGAGACAGAACUGGAUGCUCCUGCUAACCUCUUAGCCCGAGAUGAAACAGAAUCCAGCUUCACUGUGUCAUGGGAUCCAGCCCAGGCAGAAAUUGAUGGCUACAUCCUUACCUACACCUCUUCUGAGGGCUCUAGUGAGGAAAUCCCUGUUGGGUCUGACAGGACCUCUUACAUGCUGACUAGCCUGAGGCCUGGAGUUCUCUACACUGUCUACAUCUGGGCCGUCAAGGGGGACAAAGCAACCAGGAAGAUUUCAACAAAAGCACAGACAGACAUUGAUUCUCCCAAGGAUCUGAGGGCUGUAGACGUGACGCUGGACUCUGCUUCUUUAACUUGGACUCCUCCUCUGGCUGACAUUGAGGGUUACAUCCUCACCUACAGGGAUGAAGAGGGAAACACGGAGACUGCUGAAAAGCAGCUUGUAGCCGGUGAGAGCAGCUUUGCUGCAUCAAGUCUUGAGAUGGGGAAGAGGUACAUUGUCACUAUUAUUGCCUACAGGGGCAACAAGAGGAGCAAGGUGGUAGAAACCAUCUUCAAAACAGUUGGUCUCCUGCACCCAUUCCCCAUGGACUGUGUUCAGAUCAUGAAGAACGGCAAUAGGAGGAAUGGUGUCUAUACAGUCUAUAUUAACAAUGACCGCUCCAAACCUAUAGAAGCUUACUGCGACAUGGACACUGAUGGAGGCGGCUGGCUGGUGCUUCAGCGCCGUAACAUUGGCAAGCUGGACUUUAUGAAACGCUGGAGGCAGUACAUUGCAGGUUUUGGCAACUUAACCGAGGAGUUCUGGAUUGGUCUCGAUAAAAUAUACGAGCUUACCAACACUCCUACUCAGUAUGAGCUGAGGUUUGAUUUGGGUGUGGGCUCAGAGAGAGCGUAUGCUGUAUACGACAACUUUAAGAUUGCACCAGUCAAGCAGAAGUUCAAGCUCACCAUUGGCAAAUACAGUGGGACAGCAGGUGAUGCCAUGACCUACCACCAAGGCCUCCCCUGGACUACCAUUGAUUCAGAUAAUGACAUUGCCCUGACCAACUGUGCUCUGAGUCACCGUGGCGCCUGGUGGUACAAAAACUGCCACCUGGCCAACCUUAACGGCAAAUGGGGUGAAACCAGGCACAGCAUGGGGGUGAACUGGGAACCGUGGAAGGGCCACGUGACAUCCCUCGACUUCACUGAGAUGAAGAUCCGACCUGUGGGAGCCCUGUCCAGCAGGAAGAGGCGAUCGCUGGCGGCUAGGGAGAAAAGCAGAAAUGCAAAACUCCAAAAGAAAUAG